AUGAAUCGGAUGCCAGGAGAGGAGUUAAAUGGAACAAGUGCCCAAAGUCAGGAUCUGACUCCUUGUACGACCUGUGGAAGGCGUUUUGCACCAGAAGUUCUGAUGAGACAUGAUCCAAUAUGCAAGAAAAUCUUCAACAAGAAGCGCAAGCCCUUCAACUCUUUGAAACAGAGACUGCAGGGAACAGAAAUCACCACCGUGAAGAAGCAGCCCCUGCAAAAGAAACAGCCAGGGAAGAAAUCUAACUGGAGGCAGCACCAUGAGGAUUUUAUUAAUGCUAUUCUAUCAGCCAAGCAGGUCACAAAAGCCCUGAAGGAGGGCCGCCCUCUUCCGCCUCCUCCCCCACCAAGCAUCAAUCCAGACUAUAUUCAGUGUCCACACUGCUCACGAAGAUUUAAUGAGGCUGCAGCACAGAGGCACAUGAAGUUUUGUGAAAAACAAGUUGCCUCUCGUGCCUUUGCUGCACAGACCACCAAACGGGCUUCGGGCAAGCAAACAGUGACCCAGAGAAAACCUCCAACCUUAACAACUGCUGCAAUAUUGCUUCAGAAGAGAGUACAAGAAAGUGCCAAUACAGACGAAGCCUGGCCAGAUCAUGCAGUCAGUGUUGUUCCCAUCUCAGGCCAGGCAGAGCCAUGUCAGAACAGUAAGAAGGCCCUCCAGCCCCUGCUUAAGGUGGUAGUGGUGCUGCUGUGCAAGGGAAUGGCUCAGAUCAGCACCUUGCACCCCUGUGAGAUGCAUACAACUGCAGAAUAUGACAUCCUGUCAGGGAAUGUAGCCAAGACCAAUUCCCUGUAG